GGCCUAAUGUGGUCCCCCUCAGUUAAGGACUUCCAGGGUGGUGGAUAUUGGCCUGGCACCUUAAAUUUCUGCACCCUGUUUUCAAUGGAUGUCUUUCAGUCUUUCUAUGACAUUAAGAAGCUGCAGCAGGGAUGUCACUUAAGGCCUUUGUCAAAGUGCUGGAUGAACGAACAGCCCAUUUUGGAAGGACUGGCCGAAUAUCAGCUGAUGCCUUCAGCAAAAGUUUCUUGGAGUGGAGUGCUGUAAAGUGUGAGGUGGACAGGAUGUGCAAGGAGCCAUGCUUUAGCUGCCCUGCCUGCACUCCAGACAUGCUCGCCGUCUCAGUUGAUGGAAACUGCAAGCUUUAUCGCUUUCAAUCAAAUGCAAGCACUUCAGAGCAGGGGAACUUUGAAGGUGUCUUCAUUGAGAAAGAUGAGGAAGUUGCUGAGUUUGUGAAAUACAUCCAGAGACACACAAAUGAUAUCAAAUGGGGAGGUGCGUUUCAGGAUGGGGACGGUUCUACAGUUGGAGAAGAGGUGGAACAAGUAAACAGUUUCCUGUCUAGGGCGGCCAUCACAACGAAGUACAUGUCUAAAGCAGGGCGAACAGACAUGCUGAGCCUCCUGGCUUUGGGCUGGAACAAAAGGAAAGUGGAACAACUGGGCCGCACUUUGAGCCAGAGAUAUCUAAAGAUCAUAAGGAUCCUUAGAGAACAAGUGGAGAGCCUGAAUGUGAGCAGAAAUGAGCUGGGUGUGGAUGACGACACACUGCAGCAAUGGGCUGAAGAAACGGAUCAAACUGAUGGCAGCCUUGGAGCGUUGCAGGCACGAGUAGAGGAGCUUGUCGUCAUCAUCAGAAUAGCAACAAGAGGCGACACAGAAUUCGCAAGGUCAUCUUACAUGAGAAGAAACGCUUGGCGGCUGCUGUUGACGACUACAACAAGGAAACAAGCAACAAAGCAAAUCGUAUCCAGUGAUGCCCUCAUGCAGAGCGACGUUUGGCCCUGGCAGAGCACAAGUGAACCUGCUGCUGACCUCCGGACAAAGAGAAAGGUCUUUGAGAAGGUGAUGGCUGUGAGGCGCCUGAGAGAGGAGGAGAUGAUCCUUUGCAGGGAGAUGCAGCAUCACUGGACAGUGUUGCGAAUGCGAUCUGUGGUGUUGGGGACAAUCUCCUCAGACUGGUUUACGUGA